AUGAAGACAUGUAAGACGGUGUCCACCUGCACCCCACUUGAGGAGACUCAAGGCACACAUGUGUUUGAUAUCUUGGGUUACAGCAAGCACAGGGGCAUGGGCCACAAAUACGACAGCUAUAUUCGGUCCGGGACUUUCAACGUCGGCGGCCACGACUGGACCAUCAUCUUCUUCCCUGAUGGCCAUAAAGGAUAUGGCCAAGAUUACAUCUCAGUUUAUCUCGUGCUUGUGAACAACAGAACUAAACUCCGCGCGUCCUGCGACCUGAGGCUGUUAGACCACUACACCGGAUGCUCCUUCUCAGUGCAUAAAACAGGACCUAGGAUUUUCAAUGCCGCUGAUAUUACUAGGGUUGCUCCACAGGCUCCUUGUUUCAUGAGGCGGGACCAGAUCGAAGGAUCUGCAUACCUUAGGGAUGAUCGCUUGACGAUCGAAUGCGUCCUCACUGUUUUCAACAAGCCACAUGUUACUGAAACCAAAUCGUUCCCCAAGAUCGACAGACCACCUGCUGACAUGACUGAGCAUGUUGCCAAGCUGCUCGAAGAGAAGAAGGGAUUUGAUGUCAGUUUCAUUGUUGGAGGAGAGACCAUUCAAGCGCAUAGGUUUGUUCUCGCUAUGCGGUCACCUGUUUUUAAAGCAGAGCUCUAUGGGUCAAUGCGGGAGGCGAGGCCGGGGCAGUGCAUAAACAUCGAGGACAUCGGCGAGGAUACUGAGAUGGUGCGGCUUUUACUAGUGGCUGCGGACAGAUAUGCAAUGGAUAGGCUCAAGCUGGUUUGCCAAAGCAUCCUUUGCGAGGAUCUGAACAAGGACACCGUGGCAACCACAUUGGCUUUAGCUGACCAACAUAACUGCCACCAGCUUAAGGACGCUUGUCUUCAGUUUAUCGAAUUAUCAGCUUCUAAGGAUCUCAAGGCGACUUGCCCAUCUUUCAUAGAGGACGCAUUGCAGAAGAGAAGAAAAUUUUCAUGA